AUCUCCAAACUUUUGAAGGAGCCGCAACAUAUUUAUGAGAGGGAUUUCCUGCUGAAUCCAGUCUUUGGACAAUUGGAAGACAUAAAAUCCAGUUUAGGGAGAAAUAAACAUGCCCCAACUGUUAGAAAGGACCAUAGCGGAGAUGCUGGCAGCUUUUCUUCUCUCCUAGGACAGGUCUUCAGUUUUUCUGGUGAAGCCUGUAAAACUGUGAUGUUAAAUGUACCUUCUAAACUAGAGGCAGACAAACUGAUUGGCAGAGUUAACUGGAAAGAGUGCUUCAGGUCUGCAGACCUCAUCCAGUCACGCGAUCCCGAUUUCAGAGUUCUACGCGAUGGGUCAGUGUACACAGUCAGAGUGGUUGUGCUGUCUGAUGACAAAAGAGCAUUUACCAUACAGCUUUCUGAUACAGAGACACAGACACAGAAAGAACUAACUGUGGUCCUGGAACACCAGAAGAAGAUAUUGAAUAAAAGAAACACUAAGGAAACUGUUCUCAGGAGAUCCAAGAGGAGAUGGGCACCUAUUCCUUGUUCAAUGCAAGAGAAUUCCUUGGGCCCCUUCCCUUUGCUUCUUCAACAAGUUCAAUCUGAUGCAGCCCAGAACUAUACUGUCUUCUACUCAAUAAGUGGACGUGGUGUUGACCAAGAACCUUUGAAUUUGUUUUUCAUAGAAAGAGACACUGGAAAUCUGUAUUGUACUCGGCCUGUGGAUCGUGAGGAAUAUGAUGUUUUUGAUUUGAUUGCCUAUGCGUCCACGGCUGAUGGAUACUCGGCAGAUUUACCUCUUCCACUGCCCAUCAGAGUGGAGGAUGAAAACGAUAACCAUCCUGUCUUCACAGAAAGAACUUAUAAUUUUGAAGUUCCAGAAAGUAGUAGGCUUGGAACUGUAGUGGGAGUGGUUUGUGCCACAGACAGAGACGAACCAGACACAAUGCACACACGCUUGAAGUACAGCAUUUUGGAGCAAACUCCAAGAUCACCCGGGCUCUUUUCUGUACAUCCCAACACGGGCGUAAUCACCACGGUCUCUCACUACCUGGACAGAGAGGUUGUGGAUAGGUAUACAUUGAUAAUGAAAGUCCAAGACAUGGAUGGUCAAUUUUUUGGAUUGAUGGGAACAUCAACUUGUAUUAUAACAGUGAAAGAUUCAAAUGACAAUGCACCCACAUUUAGACAAAAUGCUUAUGAAACAUCAGUAGAGGAAAAUGCAUAUAAUAUGGAAAUCUUACGAAUUCCUAUAGAAGAUAAGGAUUUAAUGAACACUGCCAAUUGGAGGGCCAAUUUUACCAUUUUAAAGGGAAAUGAAAACGGACACUUCAAAAUUAUUACAGACAAAGCAACUAAUGAAGGUAUUCUGUAUGUCGUAAAGCCACUGAAUUAUGAAGAAAACCGUCAAGUGAUCCUAGAAAUUGGUGUAAACAAUGAAGCUCCAUUUACUAGAGAAGUAACCAGAGUGACUUCCAUGAACCGAGCCUUGGUUACAGUUCAUGUGAGGGAUCAGGACGAGGGGCCCGAAUGUGAUCCUGCAGCUCAAUAUGUGCGGAUUAAAGAAAACUCAGCAGUGGGGUCAAAGGUCAAUGGUUAUAAGGCAUAUGACCCUGAAACUAAAAACAGCAAUGGUUUAAGAUAUAAAAAAUUGCAUGAUCCUAAAGACUGGAUCAAAAUCGAUGAAACUUCAGGGUUGGUCACACUUUCCAAAAUCCUGGACAGAGAAGCUUCAGCUCCUCAGAAUGACUUCUAUAAUGUCACAGUCCUGGCAAUAGACCAAGAUGGUAGAUCAUGUACUGGAACACUUGUUGUGAAAGUUGAAGACGUGAAUGAUAAUGCACCAGAUAUACUUCAAGAUUAUGUCGUCAUUUGCAAACAAAAGAUGGCGUACACCGACAUUUCAGCGUCUGACCCUGAUGAAGCGGUCCACGGAGCGCCAUUUCAUUUCAGCUUGGCAAACCCCUCUCCAGAAGUCAAUAAAAUAUGGACUCUCAACAGAGUUAACGAUACAGCUGCCCGUCUGUCAUAUCACAAAAAUGCUCAACUUCAAGAAUACACAAUUCCUAUUACUGUGAAAGAUAGAGGAGGCCAAUCUGCAACCAAAAUGUUGAGAGUCAACCUGUGUGAUUGCAAUUUCCCAAGUCAGUGCGUCUCAAAGGCGAGGAGCUCAGGAGUGGUGCUGGGAAAGUGGGCCAUCCUCGCCAUACUCCUGGGCAUAGCACUGCUGCUCUCUGUACUACUAACUUUAGUAUGUGGAAUUGUUAGUGCCAGAAAAGGAAAACAUUUUCCUGAAGAUUUAGCACAGCAAAACUUAAUUAUAUCGAAUACAGAAGCGCCCGGAGAUGAUAGAGUGUGUUCUGCCAACGGAUUCACAACCCAGACUGCCAACAACUGUAGCCAACGCUUUUGCGGCACCUUGGGAUCCGGAGUCAGAAAUGGAGGGCAGGAAACCAUAGAAAUGGUGAAAGGAGCACAGCAGACCCUGGACUCCUGCCGGGGGGCCGGGCACCACCACACCCUGGAUCCUGGCAGGGGAGGAGGACACGCGGAGAUGGACAGCUGUCGCUACACCUACUCCGAGUGGCACAAUUUCACCCAGCCCCGACUCGGUGAAGACUCCAUUAGAGGACACACUGGUUAAAAUUAAACAUAAAAGAAGUUGCACAUGUGUAACCAGAACGAAGAGCAGAUGCCAUCACAAGACUACGUGCUCACGUACACCUACGAGGGAAGGGGGU